UAUCAAACUGGUUGCCCUUCACAUUAAUCAGUUCCCAAGAAGUAGCUCUCAGUUUCAAAAAGGUUGGUGACCCCCUGGUCUAAGGGUCUCGUAAAGCUAUAACACUUACACAUAUAUAGAAAACACUGAUUAUAAGACAAAAAUAUUUUUGAAGCCAAUUGUUUGAUUAUUUCUUGUCAUUUAGGAAGGCACAUGCUAAACAAAAAGGCUGUGCUUGGCAUUCAAGUUCAUCAUGUCCAAAAUCAGAAGCUUAUAUGAGAAAGAAACCUUGAGAUUCAGACGAGAACCCAUCAACAUCUGGGUGGCACCAAAUACCAUCCAGAUGUUGUGUCAACUCCUGUUGUCAAAUAUGCUGUAGACACAAUAGACUUGAGAUGACCCAUGGAGAGCUGACACCUCCAACAUGGUAGCGAGGUUGACUUGUUUCUUCUAUUUCCGGUCCAGCUUCAGAUCUUCAAAAGAAAACAGGCUCCGCCCCCUUUUUUUUCCUUUCGUUUUAUUUCGAACCCUUGUUCCCGCGCUGCUUUACUGAGCCGAUCUGGAACAUGGGAUCUUCUCUGGACAAGCCAGCUAACCACCGUGGAGUUUGUCCGUUGUGUCACUGCGAGAACUGGGAUCUGAUCACACUGGAAUGUGGACACGGGUUUUGUAGGAAAUGCGUAAAAGAGCUGUGGAGUGGCGCAUCCACGGGCCCGUACUACUGCCUCGAGUGUAACCAUGAAAUCAGGAAGCUGCCGGACCUCCUCGGAGAAACAGACGGAGCUUCAACAUCUACAGGAACACGCACAAGCUUGAAUCUUGGAAAACACUUUUCUGAGCGCUACUCAUCCUUAAAUUUACUAGGGAAAAGGAAGUUUGGCUCAUCUUCAUUGAGACAGAACAUUGGAGGAUGUAGAUUAGGCACAGGUUCAUCUGAGAAUCACACAACCACCAUUAAUGACUCGUCAGACAAUGAGAUACCGGCAAAAAAGAGAGCGUCAGAACGACAAAAAAUGCCUCAUGUGCAGGACACAGUCCAAGGAUCCAUGGCUUCAAGCGGUAAAUCAUGUUCAGAGGAGAGUCACAGAAGCAGAAGUUGUGGCGAAGCAUCCUCUAGUGGAACACAGGCACAAGAACCACCACCACCACCACCACCAGCCAACACUAAAUCCAAGGAGUCCCCACAGAAAUCCAACAGCAAUGAAGAACAGACAAAAAGUCCAAAUAAGAAAUCUCAGGAAUCUCAUGAAAGGCCUGCUGGAUUCAUCAUCUGCCAUUACUGCGCUGGUCAUGAGCAGAGGAUGGCUGUGAAGACCUGCCUGGUGUGUGGUGCCUCCAUGUGCUCAGAGCAUCUCCGGGUUCACUUGGAGUCACCAGUGUUCCAGAGCCACCCGCUGGUGCCUGCUGUAGACGACGUGUCUCAGUGGAGGUGCCAAGAACAUCAGGAGAUGAACCGCAUCUACUGUCGUCCUUGCGGGGUGUGCGUGUGCACCGUUUGCACUGUGAUUGGCUCGCACAAGGAUCAUACCUGCAUCAGCAUCAAGGAGGCUGAGAAAGAGCUCAGAGCCUCUCUAAAAACCGAAAUGAAAAAGAUACAGACGAAAGAAGCAGCCAUCUUAAAUGAAGUGAAGAAGCUCACCGACCAUAAAAGCAGCGUUAAGGAGUCACUAGAGGGGGUGCGUACCGCAGUAGUGCAGCAAUAUCAGGCCAUGCGAGAAGCUCUGAAGAUUGAAGAACAGCAGGCAUUGCACUGUGUGUCCCAGGAAGAGAACCGAGUGCUGAGGAGCAUCCAGGCACAGCUCGACAUGCUCACUCCAGCCCUGACCACCAUUCAGCACACCUUUCAUCCACUGACUAAUUUAGCAGACUCACAAGGGGCAUCACGACUUCACGACCAGGCCUUCAUCAUGGAAUACAGAAAAAUAACCGAGUCUUUGAACGGCUUGUCUGAUCCUGUGGGGAAUCUGGAGCCAGUAGAGGAAGUAAACAAGGGCAGACUGGAUUGUCUUCAGGAUUGGACAGAGAGGAGACUGGACAUCGUGGUCAUCUCUAUGCCUCACAGAGGCCCGUUUAGACUGCUGUAUGGUUUAAGUCCAACUCUGGACCCUGACACUGUUCACCCGAAGCUGCUGCUCUCUGCUGAGGACAGGCGGGUGGAGUACAGUGAGAUGCAGCAGGACUACCCAGAUCUAGAGUCUCGCUUUAGCGUUUUCCCUCAGGUGCUGAGUAAGCAAUCACUAUCCCAAGGCCGCCAUUAUUGGGAGGUGGAGGUAUCUUUAGACGAGGGCCGCUGGAAGGUAGGUGUUUGCGGUGAGCAUAUAGGCAGGAAGGGGCAAAAGGAUGCUUCCCGUCUUGGCUUCUACCCAAACUCAUGGUGCCUGGUUUAUGAGAAAGGCAAAGUGGAAGCACUUCACGAUAAGGCAACCUCAUCCGUGUGUGCCGUCGGACUGCAGAAAGUCGGGGUGCUUUUGGAUUUUGAGGAGGGUAGCCUGUCAUUCUUUAGUGUGGGUGAACAGGGAACUCUUACUUUGCUGUACAGCUUCCAGCAUGAGUUCUCUGAGCCUCUCUACCCUGCUCUGGCUGUGUCCAAAACACACCUCACGAUCUGUGACCUGUUUGCUCGAUCCACUACAGACUGAAAAUGAGCCAAUAUGUGCCAGUGUCAAUAUGUGACAUUUUAAGAUUAUUUUUUUUUUUAGUGUGUAUUAAACAUUAAACAUUUUCCAUUAAAACCUGGCGAGCAAUAACUGGAUUUUUCAAUACAUAAAACUAUGUACUUUUUACAAUUAAUUUUUUAAUAUAAUUUUUUUUAAUCAUUGGAAUACAUUAAGCAAUAUGUGGGUCAGCCUCAAAAUGACCACUAUAUAGUAAAUAAUCAGAAAGGAGGGCAUUGUUUUUUGUUUCCUUUUGUUUCUACAUUUGUAUUACAAAUUUCCAAUGUAUUGCACUAUAAAAUACUUUAGAUUUUCUAUAAAUAUUUUGAAUUUCUACACUUUUUUUUGUCUGUUCAUUUUUUUGUAAGUUAUUUGUACUCAGUAGGAUUUGCUUAUUCACCUAAAGAAAGCUGGAUCGAGAUAAAUAUAAAUUUCAUCACCUUG